AUGGGUCAAAAGCAACCAAAAUUAAAACAAGAUGCUGUUGAAGAAUUGCUAAACCAAACAUCUUUUACGGAAAUCGAAAUUCAAGACUGGUAUAAGGGAUUUUUGAAGGAAUGCCCAACUGGUUAUUUAUCUAUUGAUGAUUUUAAACGUGUUUAUACAAAAUUUUUCCCAUAUGGUGAAUCUAGUCGGUUCGCAGAGUAUGUAUUUCGUACAUUUGAUCAAAAUCAUGAUGGUUUGAUUGACUUUCGGGAUUUCCUAUCUUCAUUAAAUAUAACUAAUCGUGGUGAUUUGUCACAGAAAUUACGUUGGGCAUUCACAAUGUAUGAUUUAGACAAUGAUGGUUAUAUAUCAAAACAGGAUUUAAUUGAAGUUCUUACUGCUAUUUAUGCGAUGGUUGGCUCUGCUGUUGAAUUCAAUGCUACAGAUUCUACACCAGAAAAACGAGCAGAGAAAAUAUUUCAACUGAUGGACUUAGAUAGAGAUAAUCGUUUAUCAUUAGAUGAAUUUAUAAAUGGUGUAAAAUGUGAUAAAUUAUUGAUGCGUUUGUUGACUUUCAAUACUCAUUCGUUGCAUCAUCAACAUUUAGAUUAUCUAUUAAAUGGAUCAAAUGAUAACAAAGGAUGUCCAUGUACAGAUACACAUUAUAAUCAUCAAUCUAAUGAUUAUGACAAUACAGUCAAACCAAUUGUAAAUCAAUCAUUUCCUAAACAGAAUGUCAUUCCUGAUACCUCAGAGUCUUAG